ACAGGUUUCUCUGCGGACAGGUCCGUUGACAUUGCUGAAGGAGGAACUGUUGUUACUCAACCUGAAGCUCGUCCGGACGGAGACAUGUACCUGCGGCCCGCCGCCAGAGCCGUCACCGGGACGACCAGAGCCGUCACCGGGGCGACCAGAGCCGUCACCGGGACGACCAGAGCCGGGAAGGUUUUACAUCAAGAAGCCGGUUUCUCCAGAGCUUUAGCAGCUUGCCAACUGGCCCGAGUCUCCUCUCCAUGUUUGACACCAUGUCGGACGCUGCACAUCACCACACAGCUCUGCAACGUGAAGGAGACGCGUCAGCACACGGAGGAGGAGGUCGGAGCCUUCACCAAGCUCAUCGAGGCCAUGGGCUUCACCGGACCGCUCAAAUACAACAAAUGGAAAAUUAAGAUUGCUGCCUUGCGCAUGUACACAUGCUGUGUAGAGAGAAUCAACUACGACGACUUCUUUGACAAGUGCUCCCUCCCCGACACACUCAACUCUUGGUUCUUGGUAGCACAGCUGCAUGUGUGGAUGUGUUUGGUGCGGAUGCGUCAGGAGGGCAGAGAAGGAAAGUACAUGUGCCGUUACAUCGUCCACUCCAUGUGGGAGGACGUAGAGCAGAGGAGCAAGAUCAUGGGGAUCGAUGCCAGCCACAGGAAGGAAGGAAUGAAAGCGAUGACGGAGACGUUUUACGCUGCCAUAUUUGGAUACGAUGAGGGAAUCCUGUCCGAUGACAGCGUUCUGGCUGCAGCUCUGUGGAGAAACCUGUUCAACUGUGAGUGUGAAGACCCCAACCAGCUGGAGCUCAUGGUGGGAUACGUACGCAAACAGAUGCAGUACAUCGACGCUCUGGACGGGGACGACAUGAUUCUGACCGGAGAGGUGAAUUGGCGCCCUCUGCUGGAGGAGAACGCUCAGAGCAUCCUGAAGGUGGCCUCGCCCACGUACAACGACACGGGGCUGUGAGACCAGGACUCCCGCUUCCUCUGACCUCUGACCUCUGUGUCUUUUCUUCCUCUCUCUCCUGAUCAUGUACCCCCCCCCUCUUCUGUCACGAAAGGAGGGAUUAUAGAUCUGUUGCUGUAGCUUUCUCACCCACUUUCCUUUCACCUCCUCGUUCCUCCUCGGUUUCUGGACGCUCAGUAUAGACAGUCAGGAAUUAUCUUUCUCACACACACACACACACACACACACACACACACACACACACACACACACACACACAUCAGCAAACCAACCAAGGAAACGACGAUGCAUCAUCAUCCUCCUCCUCCUCCAUCGCUCUCCUGUCGGUUUUGAGAGCCGCUGCCGCUUCCUCUCUGCAAACUCUCCAGCAGUGGAGGGAAAAACAAACUCUGUAUUUAUAUAUUUUUUCUUCUAUGAAUGCCACGCUGUAUUUAUAAAGUAUUUUGUAUACCUCCAUGUUUACACGCUUCCCCCUGCAGAGGCGUUGGCUAAGACUUCUGUCACCAAACGGGUGGAGUCAGGUGACGUGAUGAUAAUAAUGCUUCUCAUAAACGAAUAAAGACCCUCCUCCCCUCCUCUCUCUGUCCCUCGAUGCUCUCAGACCCCGACAGGAAGCCGAGCUCUCCAAGACGUCGUCACUGCAAUUUAAAAAAACGAGUUUUUUGUUUUGUUUUGUUUUGUUUUUAAAAAAGUGAAUAAAUAAAAUGUUA